UUUUUUCCCGCUUUUCUCAGCCGUAAUUCCCCUAGAAUCUAUCUUUUCUCUCAACUGGGAUUUUAUUGCUUUUCAAUCCUUCAUCUUUCAGUCUUUUUCUGGUUAAAUUUCAGAAGUUUUCAACUUUUUACGAUGUGGGUUGCUUUCAGAUUGCUAUAAAGCCCUCACCUUUGAGCUUAAUUUCGUUCAAAUCCCAAAAUUUCAUCUGGGGUUUCCCCUUUCUCUCUGGGAUUAUACCCAACGAACCAAAUCAGAUUUUUGUCAGGGUUUUCCAAGGUUCUCCCCGAUUCCCAAAAAGUGGAUUCGUUCCAAGAUUCUUUGGUUUAUGUUAUCAAGGAAAAAGGAGAUUCUUGAUUCCCAGUAAAAAAUCUGAAUUGAAUGCCUUUUUAAGCUUUACAACAAUGGCCUCCGACUGAAUAAGUGAAGCAGUUCCUGCAUAUUUUUACGACUUGUAAAAGCAUGGAGACCUUGUAUUUCUUCCAGGAGAGCCAGGGCUCGGAGUGGACUAAGGAGGAGAACAAGAUGUUUGAGAGUGCUCUAGCUAUGUUCGAUGAGAAAAGCCCGGACAGGUUUCUGAGGGUGGCGGAGAUGAUUCCGGGGAAGACGGUGAUCGACGUGAUCAAGCAGUACCAGGAGCUGGAGGAAGAUGUUUGUGAAAUAGAAUCCGGGAGGUUUCCCAUUCCUCCGGGGUACCCUCAGGCUUACUUCAGAUUGGAGUUGGGGGAUGAUCGGGAUUUCGAUGCUAAUCGAAAGAGGCCGCUGGCGGCGGCGAGGGGUUCUGAACAGGAAAGGAGAAAGGGAAUUCCAUGGACACAAGAAGAACACAGGCGAUUUCUGAUGGGACUUCUAAAGUACGGGAAAGGGGACUGGAGAAACAUCUCCCGGAAUUACGUGGUCACUAAAACUCCCACACAAGUAGCAAGCCAUGCUCAGAAAUACUUCAUGAGGCAGCAUUCAGGAGGGAAAGAUAAAAGGAGGCCAAGCAUCCAUGACAUAACUACUGUCAACCUCACAAGCGAUGCUCAGUCAGAAACUAACAGGCCUCCUUCAGACCAGUUUCUGCCGGAGCAGAAGUCCACUGAAUCGCUGAACGAGCUACUUGACUGGAAUGCGGCUGAUGAUGAAGGAGCUGCCAUGGGUUUCGAGUCUACCCAUGGCAAUCUCUUUGAUCCAUCUCCGUAUGACGUAGAUGCAGAUGGAAUCAAGAUGCAGCUGCAGAAACUAUAUAGUCGCGCUCAUUAUGCUGCUCAUGCCACUCCUCAAAAUUCGCUGUAUCUAAUGCGGUCCGCAAGACAUCAGAUUCAUGGAUAAAAGCAGGCCUGUUUGUUGUCUUCAUGGAUUGAAAAUCCAAGUAAAUGAUUUUCUUCAGAAUUUCUGUGUUCGUCUUUUUAUCGUGUUCGUGUUGGAUUGAUUAGUUAAUAAGGUUUUCAAUUUCGUACGUAGUUCUUGAACAUUGCAGGAUGGUAAAACUCCAGUAGGCCACAAAGUGUAAUGUCUGAAAUGUGAAUGGGAUUGAAUGGUAAAUUGCUCUUUCC